AUAGGAGUGAACCGUCAGCAAAGAACUAAUAUUGACAAGAAGUGAAAGCUAAUAUAACCUUUCACUGCAACACCAGCGCCCAGCGGCAGUCCUACGGUUCUGCCAUUUAGUGAAAGUGACUCGGCAGUCCAGUUGCUGUCUGCUUUGUUACAAUCACUUGUGAUCAUCAAAUCCUUUGAACAGUUCUUAUUACGGACUUUGUAUUUUCCUUUCUUUUUUUUCACAAAACCUUUGCUCUUUAGAAACCAUGUUUCAAUUGAAAUUAUUUUAAGUUCAAGUAUUAGCAAUAUAAACACCAACAUAUGAAAUUAAAUUAGGGAAAAAUAAAGUAAAAACAGCCAGUGUCUCCAAAAUUAUUGAAUUGUUCUAUUAUGUGUUCCAGGGGAUUAAAUUCUACGAUAUAUGUUUCCAACCUAGUGGUGUAACAGUAACUAGUUUAUGUUUAAAGUUGCAUGUCAGUGAUUCUUGGGAAUUUGGAUAAAACUUUAUUAAUACCUUUCUUUUGGGGAAAAAAGUUAAAUUACAAAAUCUGAAGGUAUAUCGUAAUAGACCAGGGUAUUGGCUGUUCAGUAAUUUACCGGUUCAACCUCCCCUGUUUGUAUUUUUUUCAUAAAAUAGGCGUUUUUCCAGUUAUUACUUAUACAACGUUUACUUUAAGCCUAAAUAGAAAAAGUAAUGUUUUUUAUUCAAUAAACAUACUUUUGUUGCGAGAGACUAUUACUUUAAUAACUCAACAGCACUGAAGAAACAUAUUGUAAGCAUAUUCCUUUAAAACAAAUAAAACUCCGUCUGACGGUGGUGACAGUGGCCUCAUUACAACAUACAAUUUCAAAAUGUAUACCACUCAAGUCAAUGGCUUCUUGCUUAAACUUUAUGUAAAUAUUUGGUCCAAAAAAUAGCAAUCAUGAGCACUGUUAUGAACAAAUAUCAAAUCAUAACAUAAAACCUGACAGAAAAGACAGAAAACCUGACGGUGGUGACAAAAACCUACUCUUCAAAUUAAGCCAUCUUGUUUUCCCUCUGUUGCUAGCUACUUCAGACCUUUUCUUAAAAAUGAUACAUUUAUUUCAUAAUCUAAUCUAAUACUUUUUAUACAAAGAUGACGGUGUUGACAUGUUGUGGUUGUCACAGUAGCAGUGUCCAAAAAUAUGAACAAGUUUAAGAGAAAAUAGCAAACAUACAGGAGCUUAAGUGAUCUUGAAGCAUGCAGUAGAGCUGAAGGUUUGAAAAUGGGGUCCUCAGGAAUGCAGUUGACCCUGUAGUUGUCUGAUUUUAUUGCUUUUUAUAAAUAUCUGACGGUGGUGACGAAUAUGUGGGACACAUUUUGAGCAAUCACAAAAUAAUAGUAAAUAUUGUUCAAAACUCACUGUUUGUAGUUUUUAAUACAUAUUAAAAUGUACUCUUUCAUGUGGUAAAUAUAUUAUUCAAUUCAAUUAUUACUUUUAGCUUUUUUAAUCAAGUUGAAAUGAUUAUCUCUUAACCAAGGACAGCUGAUUUUGUAAGCAAUGGGCCAGCAUAAAAUCAUUAAAUUAAUAAAAAAUAAACCUAUAAAAGAACCUUACAUAUAAGGACCCCCUGAUUAUAACUUUGAUUCUUUUUCUUCAUGAAAAUUUUAUUAAUUUCCAACAGAAUUAGCACUUUUCUUAGUGGGACAUGUUUUUGCCAAAGUUUCAAGAAUCAGUGAUCAAGGUAGGCUAAAGGCCACUGUUUUCACGCGUUGGCAUUUUCACUCCAAAAUGGCGGCCGCGCUUGCGGAGCUUCACCUAGUGGCUAUUACAAAAAAGAAUCCGAGUUUCGGCUUUUGGGUUCUAUACUCUUGAUUAUAGUCAGUUAAUCUUCAACAGCCUUUGGCAGUACAACGCAGAAGUCAAGGAAAUGUCUGUGAUGGAUCUGCUACAGCUUUACGAGUGGAUCGACAUCAAGUGCAUUUUAAUAUUUUUAUGUGUGUUUUUGUUAUUGAGUGAUUACAUACGAAAUAAACCUCCGAAAAACUUUCCUCCAGGACCCUGGUCUUUGCCGAUUAUUGGAGAUCUUCAUCAAAUCGAUCACACGAGAAUUCAUCUUCAGUUUUCAGAGUUUGCAAAAAAAUAUGGCAAAAUCUUCAGCAUUAGAAUUGGUCCAAGAAUGGUUGUGUUGGAUGGGUAUAAACUAUUAAAGGAGGUGUAUGUACAACAAGGUGACAACCUCGCUGAUCGACCCAUUAUACCUUUAUAUGAGUUCAUUGGAAACAGAGGUUUAAUUACCUCCAGUGGUUAUAAAUGGAAGCAACAGAGAAGAUUUGCACUCUCAACACUUAAACAUUUUGGAUUGGGAAAGAAAAGCCUUGAACCAUCCAUCCACCUUGAAUGUCGCUUUUUCAAUGAAGCCAUAGCAAAUGAACAUGGUAGACCAUUUGAUCCUCAGGUCCUGCUGAACAACGCUGUGUCAAAUGUGAUCUGUGUCCUUGUGUUUGGUAAUCGAUUUGAGUACAGCGACAAUGAAUUCCAGUCUCUGUUGAAGAAGAUCAGUGAGGCUGUGUAUCUUGAGGGCGGCAUAUGUGCUCAACUUUAUAACAUGUUUCCAUGGAUCAUGAAGCGACUCCCUGGAUCACACCAGAAAAUAAUUGCUCUGUGGAAGGAGGUUAUUGACUUUGUUCGUGAGAAGGUGAAUACACACAGGGUGGACUAUGAUCCAUCAGAUCCUCGAGACUACAUCGACUCCUUCCUUAGUGAGAUGGAUAAAUUGAAGGAGGACAAAGAUGCUGGGUUUGACAUAGAGAACUUGUGCAUCUGUACAACGGAUCUGUUUGUGGCAGGAACUGAGACCACCAGCACCACCCUAUACUGGGGUCUUCUCUGCAUGAUUAAAUAUCCUGAGAUACAGGCUAAAGUUCAGGAGGAGAUUGAUCGUGUUGUGGGUGGGGAACGGCAGCCAUCUUUAUCCGACAAAGACAAGCUACCCUACACCAAUGCUGUCAUUCAUGAAAUCCAAAGAAUUGGAAAUAUUGUUCCAAUAAACCUUGCCCGAGUUGUUGGGGAAACUACCCAGAUCGGAAAAUACUCUAUUCCAAAGGGCACGCUGGUUACUAGCAACUUGACGUCGGUGCUGUUUGAUGAAUCUGAGUGGGAGACACCGCAUUCUUUUAACCCAAAUCACUUCCUAGAUGCUGAGGGCAAAUUCAGGAGAAGAGAUGCCUUUUUGCCUUUUUCAAUAGGAAAGAGAGUUUGUCUUGGUGAGCAGCUGGCAAGGAUGGAACUCUUCCUCUUUUUCUCCUCUCUGCUUCAGCGUUUCACGUUGUCUGCACCUGCAGGUGUAGAGCCCAGCUUGGAUUUUAAACUGGGAGCCACUCACUGUCCUCAGCCAUACAAAUUAUGUGCAGUGCCACGUUAAAUAAUACACACAUAUAUGUGUUAAUGGUUUGCUUAUGCUACGUAUUUAGUAAGUACAAAUUAUAGGAGCAGUUAUUUUUAGUAAUUAAUAUUUUAAGUGUACAUCUGUGUUUGUUUAAAGUCAACACACGUUUGUUCUGUGUUGGUUGAUGGAUAAUUACUCAUUUUGUUCUAAACUGUUUCACUAUUUAUUAAAAUAGUACUUCAAUACGCAUACAUACAAUACAAAUCAACCUAAGAUUCAUUUUAAUUUAUCUGUAAAAGUACCUUGGAAAUGGUUUGUUUUUUAUAACAGAAGUCCGUGCAGUGUAGUCACACACCCCCGUUUCUAUGCACAGGUGGUCAUUUUCACUGACUGUACAUGAUCAUGCAAUGACAUUAAAAUUGAGGUUUAUA